CAUAGCAGUAUCAGCAGCAAUGGCUAAACUUAAUCUAUGCUUUUACACUCUGUUUGUUUUGUACUUAGUAGCUUUUCUGGGUCAUAAUUUUAAGCUAUGUUUUUGCUUCAAUCCCAAACAUGUCAACUUGUCACCAAUUGCCACACAUUGGGCAACUGCUGGAGCUACUUGGUAUGGCAAUCCUGAUGGUGCUGGAAGUGAAGGAGGGUCGUGUGGGUAUGGAAAAGCAGUGUCACAGGCUCCGUUCUCUUCCUUGGUUACUGGAAUAGGACCAUCUCUCUAUAAUUCAGGCAAGGAGUGUGGAGCUUGUUAUCAGAUCAAAUGCACAAAACACCCAUCUUGUUCAGGCAAGCCAGUGAGGGUGGUCAUAACAGACGUUUGCCCCGGUUGUACUUCCGAAUCUGCACAUUUUGAUCUUAGUGGCACUUCCUUUGGUGCAAUGGCAGUUGCCGGCCAGCAAGAAAAACUUCGCGCUGCUGGAACCUUUGAAAUUCAAUAUGCAAGGGUAGCUUGUGAUUAUUCAGGAAAGACAAUAACCUUCCAGGUUGAUUCGGGAUCAAACCCAACCUACUUUGCCACCGUAAUCGAGUUUGAAGAUGGAGAUGGUGAUCUCGCUGGUGUUGAAUUGAAGGAAGAGGGUUCGAGCGGUGGAGUCGAGUCAUGGCGUGCCAUGCAACAAUCGUGGGGCGCAGUGUGGAAGCUCGAUAACUAUGGACAACAAUUACACCCUCCAUUCUCGAUCCGAUUGACAUCGCAGUACUCAGACCAGACAAUCGUGGCAAAAAAUGUUGUACCAGAUGGAUGGAAGCCUAAUGCCACAUAUAGGUCACUAGUUAAUUACGGCCUGUGAGAGAUUGGUUGUUCAAGCUUAUGUAUAUUUUUUGGUCAAUUGUGUGGUUCAAGUGAUUGGAUUAUGUCAAAUGCAAUAUUAUCAUUUUCUUUUAAGUGCAAAGCCAAGUAGAGUGUUAAAUAUGCAAGUGAGUCAUGAACAAC